AUGGCUCUCAUUGUCGACAAGCAUAGGCCAAGAUCGCUCGACGCGCUCACAUAUCACGAUGAGCUUACGGAUCGCCUUCGCUCUCUUGCACAAAGCGGCGAUUUCCCCCAUCUCCUCGUAUACGGACCGUCGGGCGCGGGAAAAAAGACUAGAAUCGUGGCCACUUUGAAGGAGCUUUACGGGCCCGGCGUGGAAAAAAUCAAGAUUGACUCGCGCGUCUUCCAGACGAGCAGCAACCGCAAGCUCGAGUUCAAUAUUGUCGCAUCCGUUUACCACCAGGAAAUCACGCCGUCGGACGUCGGAAACUAUGAUAGGGUGGUUGUCCAGGACCUCCUCAAGGAGGUAGCGCAGACGCAGCAGGUCGAUCAGUCGGCCAAGCAGCGCUUCAAGGUUGUCGUCAUCAACGAAGCUGAUCACCUGAGCCGUGAUGCGCAAGCUGCGCUGCGUCGCACCAUGGAGAAGUACUCGCCCAAUUUACGACUGAUCCUCCUCGCAAACUCCACCUCGAACAUCAUCGCCCCGAUUCGUUCGCGAACACUGCUUGUCCGGGUUGCUGCGCCGUCGCACGAAGAAAUCUGCGACGUGCUCGCUUACGCGGCGAAGAAGGAGAAUUGGAGCGUAGUCAAGGGACUGCACCAAAGAAUAGCUGUGGAGAGCGGGCGUAACCUCCGCAAGGCUCUGUUGAUGUAUGAGGCAGUGCAUGCGCAAAACGAAAAGGUGACUGACAGCACUCCGAUACCGCCUGCGGACUGGGACGCACUCAUUGGACAGAUUGCCAGGGAGAUUAUGGACGAGCACACUCCUGCUCGAAUUUUGCAAGUCCGAUCGAAGCUAUAUGACCUCCUGACACAUUGCAUCCCCCCGACGACGAUCCUCAAAACACUCACUUUCAAGCUGCUGAGCAUGAUUGACGAUGGGCUCAAGGGCGAGGUGAUUCGAUGGUCCGCAUUCUACGAACACCGUAUCAAGACGGGAACAAAGGUGAUUUUCCACCUAGAGGCGUUCGUGGCCAAGUUUAUGAGGAUUCUGGAAAUGUACCUGAUGAGCAUGGAUAUGUGA